UUGACUAUUGUGCAUCGCGCCUUACCUUGCUAACCCUCAUUCGCUCACUCGUCAACUUGCUUUCCUGAGUGAAUUGCAAUUAUGACGGGCACCGCCUUUGUGUAUGGUACGUUGAUGGCGGAUGAGGUGCUUCGCCUGCUGAUCAAGCGAGUGCCGCGGACGCGACCAGCGGUUUUGCCCGGCUACACACGCUACAAGGUUAAGGGCCAGGUAUUCCCAGCGAUUGUACCAUCCACAUCAGAGUGCAAAGUGGAGGGCAAGGUGCUGAUGGACCUGUCGGAUAAGGAGCUGGAGGUGCUGGACGUGUACGAGAGUGAGGAGUACUACCGCGCCACUGUGUCCCCAGUGCUGGACGACGGGUCUACGAUCAAGGCGGAUGUGUACGUGUGGAAGGACCAGUACCGCCACAUGCUGCAGCUAGAGCCCUGGAGCUACGAGGAUUGGUUCGUCAACCACCAUGACGCCUGGGUCAGCAAACUGACCCCCAACGGCGCGCAUCCGGAGGGCCACAUGUGAGGAGUUAUGGGGAGCGAGCGCUGGAGCUGUCAGCGAGCGGCGAGAGACGCAGAUGGAGUGGAGGGGUGGUGGUCAGGGAGUGGAGUUCUCGGACGGCAGGCGAUGUCUGCUGGAAUGUAUAGAAAGGUUUCGAGGGCAAUGCGGAUGGAAUGUUCGUCUAGCUAACGAUUAUGGCGGGCAGAUAAGCGCGCGUGGUCACAGGGGAGACCGAGGGCGAGGCGGAGUGUCUGAGUGUCUGUAAGAUUGCAUGGGGUCGCACGGCAUGUGCGCUGACGGUCAUUUCGGGCUGGUGGUGCCACCAGUACUAUGACCGAGAAUUAUGUAUUCUAGAAGAAUUCUGGGCUGAGAGUAUAAGCGGGCGCUGGUUGUUUCGACAAUUUUGACUUCUUGGCCGUGCCGGCACUGGCUAAAAAUUUGUCUUACAUUUGAGCUCUAGAUUAUUAAUAGACGAGAAAAAGGAUGGCGGGCUGCGUGGACAUUCCCGCCAGCCAGGCUGUGCUUGUGCCAACCGAG